UUAUAAGGACAAGUCUGAACAAGCGACCACUCCUGUUUCACCAUGCGGGGUCUCCUCUUGUGCUGCCUCGUGGCCCUGGCCACAUGUCAAAGUCUACGAUAUGAUAUUAGCCUAAAUCCAAAGAAAACUUACGAGUACAAAUAUGAAGGAAUGGUGAACUUUGGACUUGGCAUGCCAAACCUUGCAGAGUCUGGUGUAAAGAUAACGUGCAAGGCGAAGAUCACUGGUGUGUCUGACCGGACGUUCCUCCUUCAGGUCUCUGAUUUGGCUUUUGCCGAGUAUACUGGCUUCCCAGGAAAGAAUGGCUAUGAUGCCUCCCCAGAACUCACCAAACGAAUCGCUGCUCAGCUCAGCAAACCGUUCAUGUUUGACUAUAACAAUGGACAUGUUGAUGACAUCCGCGCCUCCACUGAGAUCUCUACCACUGUUGUCAACAUUGUAAGAGGGCUUCUUGGUUUCUUUCAAGUCACUGUGAAGACCACACAAAACAUCUAUGAGCUGGAGGAGAUUGGAAUCCACGGCAAGUGUCAGAGUCACUAUGUUACUGAAGAAAACAAGGAAACAAAGGACUUGAACAUCACUCAGGUGGUGGAUCUCACUAACUGCAGGGAGAAGGCAGCGAUGUACACAGGAAUGGCAACUGCUGUGGUGGACAAGCUCUCCAAAGAGAGAGGAGACUCUGUCGUAUCAACUGUGAGAUAUGUUUACUCCGUCAAGCCAACAGAAGAGGGAGGUGUCAUUGCCAGAGCUCACGGUCUGGAAAAACAGCAUUUUAGUCCCUUCAAUGUGAAAGGUGGCACUUUCAAGAUGGAAGCCAUGAAGGAAUUGGUUCUGCUUGGGGUGAGCGACACAAGUAAAGCCAUGUCUUACGGACCAAUGGAAAGCAAGGGCAACAUUGUUUACAAGUUCGCUGAUGAAGACAUUAAAAUACCCAUUAUAAUGGAGAACCUGGAAGAGCCUAUGGAAAAGGCUAUGGAUUUGAUCAAGCGUUUGGCUGAAGCUAAUAUGUACCACAUUGACAGUGUCGCAACUAAAGAUGCGAUGAAGGUGUAUCAACUAAUGCGAGUGAUUCCUUAUGAAGGACUGGAGACUAUGUGGAAGGAGUUUGCAGAAAAUACAGAUCACAGGCAUUGGUUUUUGUACAUGAUUGUUGAAGUCGGCGAUGCCAAAGUCCUUAAAUUCCUGGAAAAUAGGUUUAAGGUCAGGGAUUUGUCUCCAACUGAAGCUUGGCAAACCUUUUUGAUGGUCUUGGAACAUCUUCAAGCAAGUCCUGAGCUGGUUGAGAUGGCUAAAGCGUUCCUGGUGAUGCCAUUCAGUAAAUCUGACACGUAUCUGUGGCAGACUGUUGCACUUGCCUACGGUUCUCUGGUGUACAAACACUGUGCAUAUUAUACACCUUGUCCAGUAACUGCGGUUCAGCCACUGCUGGACAUGGCCACAGAAGCACUGAGGAGCGACAACAAAGAUGACAUGGUCCUGUUUCUGAAAGCUCUGGGGAAUGCAGGUCAUCCAAGCAGCAUUAAAACCAUCAUGCGUUUCCUCCCUGGAGUUGCUGCCACCCCUGUGGAUCUGCCUCUCCGUGUGCAGAGUGCUGCUGUGCAGGCUAUGAGGCUCAUCGCUGCCAGAGACCCUCACAGUGUCCAAGACAUCACAAUUAGUCUGUUCCUGCAGAGGGAGCUUGCCACAGAGACACGUAUGCUAGCCUUCAUGAUCCUUUUUGACACUAAGCCAUCAAUGGCUGUUGUGUCCACGGUGACGGCACAUCUGUUGGAGGAAAAAGACCUAAAUGUCGCUAGCUUUGCAUACUCUUACUUGCAAAGUUUUGCCCAAUCCAGAACUCCAGACAAUCACUUCCUCUCAACUGCUUCUAGCAUAGCUGUGAAAAUCCUUGCCCCCAAAUUUGGACGUCUCAGCUAUUACUACAGCAAAGCAGAGCACAUGGACUGGUUUAAUGAUGAUUUCCUAGCUGGCGCAACCUCAGAAUUCUUCAUGCUAAGAAGUGCAGCUAACAUUUUACCCACUGAAAUCAUGUCGAAAGGAAAAUUCCAUUUCAUUGGUAGGAUUGUACAACUAUUGGAGUUGGGUAUCCGUGCAGAAGGAAUUAAGGAGUUGUUCAGCGCCAAUAAUCCUGGAUUUAAAGGAAAUUUCAGCAUUAGUGACCUUCAGAGCAUUUUCACUGUGCUUGAAAACUUGGAUGUUCUGCCAAGUGAUAGGCCAGUCCUUUCAGCUUAUUCCCGUGCCUCUGGGCAAGAGUGGUUCUUCACUGAUAUGAGCAAAGAAGUAUUUCAGAAUAUCAUUAAGGCCUUCAGUCCUUCUGCAGGCAAAGGAACUCCUCUGUGGGCUGUAAUGGAAAGUUUAAAGAGAGGAAUUUCAUGGCGUUACACGCGGCCAUUCUUGAUCGUAGAAGCUCGUUAUUUCCAAGCUACCACCCUGGGUCUUCCAGUGGAGAUCAGCAAAUAUUAUAAUUCUAUCAACGCAAUCUCUGUUAAUGCUAAAGCUGAAGUAAAUCCAGCUCCAACUGAACGUCUUGAACAGCUCUUCACAUCUGAAAUUUCAUGGGAAACAGAUGGCUUUGUUGGUGUUACAAAGGAUUUCUGGAUUUUCUAUGGGAUCAACACAGAGCUGUUCCAGAGUGGCUCUCAGCAUAAUAACAUUGUUGCUAUUGGUGUCCCGUGGAAGUUUUCCACUAAAAUCAAUGUGGCAGAAAAGAGAUUUGAACUGGACUUCCCCCCGUGCAAAGAAGAGAUUGAACUCAUUUCACAGAGAUCAGAUGUGUAUGCAGUCUCCAGGAACAUUGAGAAUCUAGCUUCACCUAAAAUUAUACCAAUAAUGCCCAUUUCUGUUGAUUCUGAAGAUGAAGUUGAUGACGUUGUCCACAUGGACCACGCUGAGGUGAAACCUGAGCCAGAGCAGAUUCUGAAAUCAAACACUUGGCAUCCAGCCUCUAGAAUGUGUGCUGAGAAUAAUAUCUAUGGAUUUGGUUUCUGUGUGGAAUAUGAGCUGAAGAGACAGUAUUACAACGAGGAAUACCCCCUGUACUAUUUCCUUGGAUACACCCAAAUGGGACUGAAACUCAUUCCAGUCCAGACAACCAAAGCUGUUGACAAGAUUCACUUUGAGUUUAAUUCCGGACCCAGCAGACAUCCAACGGGUGCCCGCCAACUGCUUGAGACUCUAGAAAGGCUUUCCAAGGGCUUGAACUCAACACCUGAAGCUGUCUUCAAUUUCAAAGCGUUUGCCAUGAGUGGAAACCAGAAGCCUGAGGGUUAUGAUGCAGCAAUAUACUAUACACCUGAGGCAAAGAUUCCAAAUGCCCAACUAAUUGUGUCCCAAGUUGGAACAAACACCAACUGGAAGAUGUGUGUUGACUCCAGUGUGGAUGCUGAAGCGAAGGCACACGUUAGAUGGGGAGCUGAGUGUCAGUCCUAUGAAAUGUCAAUGGAAGCCACUGCUACAUAUCUUCCUGGUUUUAAGCCAGAACUAAAGGCCAAAGUACACUGGACCAGAAUCCCAGAAUAUAUGGUGGAGAUUGGCACAAGAAUUGAAAGCUACAUUCCUGGCAUGGCUUUUCUUCUCGGCUUCUACCAGGAAAACGAGAGAAAUGCCAAGGAGGAGGUGUCUGCAUCAGUUGUUGCUGCCUCAGCAGACAGCAUUGAUGUGAAGAUUAAAUUCCCAGAGUAUACGGUGUACCGCCAGGCCAUGCCAUUUCCAAUGCCAUCUGUUGGUUUUCAGGAGCUCCCACGAAACAACAACACAGCAAUAGAUGGAUUUGGAAGGGGAUAAAACAGAUGUAUGUAAUCUACAGCUAUUUGAUUAGGUUUGAUUGAAUGUUCCUGUCACUGCCAGUGUCUUUCUGAUGUAGCUGUGUUUGUAUAUUUGCAUUUGUAUGUAUGAGUCUCGGUGGAAGUCGACUGUUUUGACAGAUUUCUGAGAAAGACAGAUCAGCAAACAAGCACAAGGAGCUGCGCCAGUUUCGCUUUCUUCAUGGCAUAUGUUUUAUGUUGCAGAAAGAUGACAAAGUCCAUAUGCGAGCCAGAUGCUUAAUGUGUCAUCACUGAGAUAGUACAUCAGCUAAAAUCACACCACUGUGAUGAAAGUCUGGCUCACAAAGCAUUUAUUUGUAAUCUGUCUGGUGUUUCCACUUUUGGAGUGACCCAUAAAGGUCUGGAGUGUCUAAUGUGUGCAUGUUAAUAUUUGAAUGCUAUCUCUGAAGAAAAAUUCUUUUAAUGUCUGCCUAUGAGUAUCUUGAUUACAAUGAUUUUGCAAAACUCCCACAAUUAAAACGCAGUGCAAAAUA